AUGGCCACGUCCACGCAGACAAUCACGCUCGAGAGCGCCCCUGGUAGUGAGGGUAUCGAACACCAUGAGCUCCGGCAAAUCCGAAAGCCUGCGGGUUUCACCAGCACUCCGGUGACUGAUGCGGAACGAGGCGCCUCGUCCUCGGGGACAGCAGGAGGCUCGACGUUGGGAGCGUACGAACAAGAGCACAACCCAACGGCAGAAGAGCCACCGCAGCCAUGGCUGAAGAUCUUCAGCGUGGGCUUUUCGUUCUUCUGUGCCGGUAUCAACGACAGCACCCUGGGUCCGUUGAUUCCCUACCUGCUGGUCUCAUUCUCCAUCGGCACUGGUAUGGUGGCUGUCCUGUACGCGUGCAAUUUCACGGGCUGGAUGGUUGGCGCCUUCAGCAACCCCGCCCUCGCGCCGCACUUGAAGCUGGGCCAGCUCCUCUGCCUCGGCGCCCUCCUCCAGCUGGCCGCGCAGGUGCUGCGGCCGUUCGGGUGGUCCGGCCUGCCCGCGUUCGCUGUGUCGUUCUUCCUGCAGAGCCUGGGGACCGCGUAUCAGGACGCGCUGGGCAACACCUUUGUCAGCGGCGUCCGGGUUGCGCACAGGUGGCUGGGGUUCAUCCACGCCAUGUACGCGCUUGCAACGCUCGUGGGGCCGCUCCUGGCCACGGCUAUUGCGUCGAAUGCAACCCCCGGCAACGGCAGCGGGUUUGUCGGGGGCGAGGAGUCGUGGAAGAGGACGUAUUUUGUCACUGUUGGCCUCGGGGUCGUCAACGUGAUGUGGGUGAUGCUCGCGUUUAGGGAUACGCUGUGGGUGCCCCGGCGGGCUGACGGUGUGUCGAGAGGUGGUGAUGAGGAGAGGCAUGGGAGGACUGUAGCCGAAGAGCAGGAUGAGCAGACUGCGUUGUCUGCUCUGCGCGACAUGGGCACCAUGUUGAAGGUGAAGGACGUCUGGCUCAUUAGCCUCUUCUUCUUCUUUGCCCUCGGGGCUGCCCAGACUGCGGGUGGCUGGGUCGUCAGCUACCUCGUCGAGGUGAGAGGGGGAGAUGUCGCCAAAGUAGGCUAUGUGCCCUCCGGCCAAGCCGCCGGCAUGCUGCUGGGCCGUCUCCUGCUCCCGGAGCCAACCCAUCGCUUUGGAGAGAAGCCGAUGUUGCUCUUGUAUUUUGUCAUCAGCAUUGGUCUCCAGCUUGUGUUCUGGCUGGUGCCCAACAUAAUUGCUGGUGCCACGGCCUUGAGUAUCAUGGGCUUCUUCCAGGGCCCUUUCUUCGCGACUGGAGUCUCAGUUGCAUCGAAGCUGUUCCCACGGAAGAUCCAAGCGGCAGCUCUUAGCUUCAUAUUUGUGGUUGCUCAGGCAGGCGCUGCUCUCUUCCCUUCAUUGACGGGCCUGAUUGCUGGGAAGGCUGGUGUGCAGGUACUCCAGCCUAUUGUGCUUGCUCAACUCGUGGUGGCAACCAUCUUCUGGGCAUUUGUGCCUAAGGUCCAGCAGCGGAGGGAAUAA